AUGGCAGAGAAGGAAGGAGGAAUCGUGAAGAAGGGCCAUGAAGAGGGGCUGGCAUUGGCGACCGCCUUGCUCCAAGAGUUCGGACUUCCGCUAGGGCUUUUGCCUCUUGCUGAUGUGAUCGAAGUUGGCUUUGUGAGAGCCACCGGCUACAUGUGGAUCGUCCAGAAGAAGAAGGUCGAACACAACUUCAAGUUGAUUAGUAAGCUUGUGAGUUAUGACACCGAAAUCAAGGGCUAUAUUGAGAAGCAGAAGAUUAAGAAGCUCAAGGGAGUGAAGGCUAAGGAGCUCAUGCUGUGGCCUCCGGUUAGUGAAAUAAACGUUGAUCAGCCUGCGGGAAAAAUCAACUUCAAGAGCCUUGCCGGUAUCACUAAGACUUUCCCGGUCGAGGCAUUUUCUGCCGGGCAGUAA